GUUAGUUUAAGGGAAAAUGGAGUUUGUGAGUGUUAAAUUUGUUUUUGCAAUUUGUUUGGUAAUUGUUUGUGUGGAAGGGCAGGGGGAUGAAAUGAGUGACAUGACGUGUCCCAGUUUCAACGAAGUCUUCGUUGAAUGCAAACCAAAAUGUGAACAAAGUUGUAAAGACAUCGUCCAGGACAGUGGAGCAUCUACCGACUGCGAAGACAACUCCUCGUCCAGUAAGGAAAAUGAGUCCUUGUCUAGUAAAGAAAAUAACUCCUUGUCCAGUAUAGAAGGCGAUCCUUCGUCCAACGAAAGUUGCAAUCCUGGUUGCAUCUGCAAACCAGGAACAGUCAGAAAUCGAAACCACAUCUGUAUACCAAAAGAAGUCUGCUCCUCCGAUAUGUCUGGUGCUCUUCUUGGAGAAUGGACUUCAAACACUCAAUUUUUGAAGCAGUCACCAGAAACUAAGGUAAGAUGA